AUGCCACAAACUUUAUCAUCAACUAUUAUAGAACAACAACAUUCACAAAUUACUCAAAGCUCACCAACAUUGUCAGUACAUGGUGAACCACUUAUUAGAGAACAACAACAUUCUCAAAUCAAUCUAAAUCCUACACAUGAACCAUUCAAUAUUGAAAGACAAGAACGUGAAUUACAUGUAUGGCAAACAAUAACUCAAUUACAACGUGAAAUCAUUGUUUUGGAAAUUAGUGAUCUUGUUCAUGGACAAUUGGUAAUAAGUGCUUUGGAAAGUGAUUUUCGUCGACAUCUUGAACAAAAUAUUUAUACUCGUUUCGAACGAGGAGCACCACCUCAGCAAGAACAACAACCAGUACCAAUAAUUGCAACACCACGCAUUCCACUUGAGUCUGCUCUAAUAUAA